AGUUUAGGAGGUUGGUUUCAGCAAUCAAUUGGUCAUGCUGGACUUUCUGGAAAUUUUCCGGCUUCAGAUUUUUCUUUUAGUACAAAGGAAAUUUGGAGGCUCGUUAAGGAGGACAAAGACCUUGAUCUACCUUCUCAUAAAGUUAUGGUUGCUACAGUGCGCUGUGGGCAAAUCAGUAGUGAGAAAGUUGCUAGUUUUAGAGCUGACGAGGAAUGGAAACAUUGUAAGGAGGCUGUUCAGAAUGACUGUGUUCCAGGGUUUGGGAAAAAGAUCAACGGACUUCUUCAUCGAUGUUUAUCAGAGUAUGAUAAGGAGUCUAUUUAUUAUGAUGAAGGCAUCAGAACAUUGGCAAGACAACAGCUAGUCUCCGAAAUUUCGCAGCUUGUCCAUCCUGCGUACUUAUCUCUUAUGCGCCACUUGGUGAAUGGAACUUUAAAAGAAUUCAAGGAGUCCUUUCAUGAGGCCCAAAAAAACCAGGAAUUCCUUGUUGCCGCUUCUGAUUGUGCUCAAUCAUUCUUGCAUAAGUUCAGAAAAGGAUUCGAAGAUGCUACUAUUCAACAAAUGACAUGGGAUCCUGCAACUUUCGAGAAUAAUCUUAAGCAUGCAAUUGACGAUCAUGUGGAGUCAGUUCGUGUUUUGAAACGGAAAGUGGCAGAGCUUUGUGGCAGAUCUGAGGUUCUUCCGAACUUCCGAUUCAUCAUUUAGAUUCCGGAUCUUAAAUAUGCUCUUUUAGAUUUGGAUCUCGAUGAAGGUACAGUGAAAGAAUCGCUUUCAAGGCUGGAAAAACAUGGAAGGGUCGCUGUUGAAUUGAAGACAAAAGAAGAAGCUACAACUAUCUCGAUCCGCAUGAAAGACACAGAUUCAAGAUAUUAUUCAAUGCCGAUAUGUCAAUAGUACGGAAUCGAAAAGAAUAUAUACAAGCAAUUGCUGAUGAAUGUAUGAUGAUGCUUUGGAUAAUAUCGGAAAUUCGGUUAGAUGGAGACGGUGAUACCUUUGAAAACUUUCGUUCCCUACUUGAUGAAGGGCCUAGGGCCACAGAUAGGAGUUACCACUUUGAUCCACUGGCCUCCAUCUCACAUAAAAAGGUGCUGAUUCUAAAGGCGGGAACUUUAAUCUCCUCUGACAAGUGCAAGUUACUCUGGAGCCAAUUUAUGGUUCACGUUGAUUCCAUUGUCACCCUGGUCCUAGAUGUUGAGGGGAAACUUACAAGAACUCUAGGAGAACCAGUCAAGGAGUUUCUACGUUCAGCUCGAGAUAACACCUGGGCAACUAUUAAAAUGCUUCUUGUAACCGAGACAAUAGCUGCUGCUUCGUACCUUCAGUAUGGACUUUUAGAUUUGGUGCUCGAUGAAGGUGCAGUGAAAGAACUGCUUUCAAGGCUGAAAAAUCAUGGAAGGAACGUUGUUGAAUCAAAGGCAAAAGAAGAAGCUGCAACUAUCUCGAUGCGCAUGAAAGACAGGUUCACGAAAUUAUUCAAUACCUAUCUUUCAAGAGAACAGAAACGAAAAAUAGAUGUACAAGCAAUUGUCCAAUCUGCCCUCGAUGAAUGCAUGUUGAUGCUUUGGGUAAUAUCAGCAAUUCGGUUAGAUGGAGACGGUGAUACCAUUGAAAACUUUCGUUACCUACUUGAUGAUGGGCCACUGGCCUACAUCUCACGGGAAGAGGAGCUGAUUCUAAGGGCCGGAACAUUAAUCUCCCCUGACAAGUGCAAGUUAAUCUGGUACCUAUUCAUGGUUGAAGUUGAUCCUAUUGUCAAACCGGCCCUUGAUGCUCAGGAAGCAUAUAAGUGGAACAAACGAAUGUCUGGGAUUCAGAUUGCAUUGUUAGCUCUUAGAGUGGCUACCAGCACGCUGAUAUUCGUGACGACUGGAGUACCUGUAUUUUUUUGAUGGCACGGCAGAAUUGUUCGGCUCUAACGAACUCUUCAAUUUGUUUAGCCCCUAGGUUAUCAAUCUGUGCAACUGUCCAUUCGGAACAGUAAAACAAACUUUUUUUUCUCUCCGGAACUUAUUUAUGUAAUAAUGCCACGGGUAUCCCUAUACCUAAAGUGCAGAAA